AGCAGCGGAGCGGGGCGGGGCGGCAGGUGCGGGGAUGCGGGCGGAGCGCGGGUAGCAGAACCCCGCGUUCAGGGCGCCCCGUGUGGUGAGCGCGCGGCAUGUCUCAAGGGCCCCCGGCGGGCAGCGUCCUGCAGAGGAGUGUGGCAGCGCCUGGAAACCAGCCGCAGAGCCCUGAGGAUGAUGACAGGAAGGUUCGGAGGAGAGAGAAAAAUCGGGUUGCUGCUCAGAGAAGCCGGAAGAAGCAGACACAGAAAGCUGACAAGCUCCAUGAGGAGUAUGAGUGCCUGGAACAGGAGAAUGCCGGGCUGCGCAGGGAGAUUUCAAAGCUGAAGGAGGAGCUGCGACACCUGAGUGAGGCUCUCAAGGAGCACGAGAAGAUGUGCCCGCUGCUACUGUGCCAUAUGAACUUUGUGCAGGUUCGGCCAGACCCUGUGGCCAGCUGCCUGCCACGAUGACACCACAGCUCAUCCCUCUUUUGUCCAGCUCAGAACCUUGGUCUGCACACCCAAGAGUUUUAGUACACACCUGUGUCCAGGAGUACCUGUGGCUGUGCCCCUCCUAGGAGCUCUGGGGCCAGCCCGGGCUUAACAUGCACUCUGGGGCACCUGUCCUCACACCCUAGAGCAGUGGGUCCAGAAAGCAGCCCGUAAGAGCUGCCCGCAGGAGUCACUCCGCACCCACUUUGGCAGCUAGCUGGUCCUGUCCUUAGGCAGGACCUUCCCUCUAGAAUUUGGAUAAUAAAGAUAGUGACCC